CAGAGGACUUUGAAAGGUCGAGGAAAGUCAUCCAGCCCCUCAGUGAAAUACGGAGAAAGCAGAAUCAGGGGGGAUUUGUCCGUACGUACUUGUUCAAGUUCCUCCCCUCGACGAUAAUGUACAUCUAGUUAAUGCGGACUUUCCAGACCUACACAUCUGCUUUACAGACCCUGAUUACCGCCGGCAAGGGGCAGGAGGUUUGAUGAUGCAGUGGGGCUGCGACGUGGCCGACCAACUGUUCCUGCCGGCGUGGGUCGAGGCUUCUCCCGAAGGUAACUAUUUGUACAAGCGGUUUGGCUUCUAUGAUCUGGGUAGAGCUUCGGAGCAUUUCCCGGGGACAAUCAUGAGGAGGGAUGCGAGAAGGACUGUCAUUGAAGGGGGGAAGGGAUCUGUGUAAGGUAGUGCGGGCCUUUGAGCCAUAAUGCAUACGUCCAUUCAAUCUUAGA